AGUCCCAACCGACUUUCUUGUCCUCAUCAACCUCUUUUUUGGGUCGCGGUGAUUUUAGCGGGGGUUCCGGUCACUCCUGGGCUAUUUGGUCUUGGAAGCGAGCCAUAUUGGGUAUUCAGUUCAGGGUCACCGGUCCCCUUCUUCCCUCGCCAACCUCGUCGACAGAAUUGAAACACAUCCCGGAAUCCAUCUGUCAUUGUACGUACAUACCCACAUACAGUAUCCGCAGGCUGCAUGUGAAGAAGAUGGCCCCUCGCCAGCGUCACUCCACUCACGGCCAAGAGAAGGUUCUGGGCACGAGUCAGCCUGCUGCUGUGGCAGCUGCUGUGCUGGAACAGCCUCCCAAAGUCCUCAAGAAGCUGCUUCACUGGGAGGAGCUCCCCCAUUGGCAGCGCGAUAACCAGCACAUCCAUAGCGGGUAUCGGCCGGCCUCGGCUUCCUUCCUUGUUUCCUUCCAGUCCCUGACCUAUCUUCACAAUGAAACGGUCAAUAUCUACACGCACUUGCUGCCAUCGUUGCUGGUCGUGCCGGCGGCCUUCGCACUGUAUCGGGCACUAGCCCCGCGGUAUGAAACGGCGACGCAGGCGGACGUGAUCGUCUUCGGCUGCUUCUUCGCCGGGGCGGCCUUUUGCCUGGGCAUGUCUGCCACCUACCACACGAUCUCGAAUCACUCGCCCAUGGUGGCGCGCAUCGGGAACGCGUUCGACUACGCGGGCAUUGUGGGGCUGACGGUGGGCAGUUUCAUCCCCAGCGUUUACUUUGGCUUCUACUGUCAGCCCGCGCUGCAACGGCUCUACUGGAGCAUGAUCUGCACGAUUGGCCUUGGCUGCGUCGUCGUCUCGAUCUUUCCUCAAUUCCGGACCCCAGGCUGGCGACCGUUCCGGGCGGCGAUGUUUGUCGGCAUGGGCCUGUCAGCGGUGUUUCCCGUGAUCCACGGAUUACGCCUGUACGGGCUGGGGCAGAUGACACGCCAGAUCGGACUCGGCUGGCUGGUGCUCCAGGGUCUCCUGUACAUCCUGGGGGCAGCGAUCUAUGCGGCUCGGGUCCCCGAACGCUUGCGACCCGGUCAAUUCGAUCUGUGGGGAAGCUCCCAUCAGAUUUUUCACGUGCUGGUGGUCUGCGCCGCAAUUGCUCAUCUGACCGGGUUGCUGAAGGCGUUUGAUUACAGACACAGCGGGUUCGCCGCCAGCUGUGCUUGGAGCUGACGGUGAUUCGCCGGCAAGGGGAUCUAGGAUCGCACAAGGGGCCCUUUGCUGGUCACCAUCUUCGGAAAUCUAGCCAUAAUCGACUGAUU